AUAUAAAGAGCGCUGUUCCAAUAUCUACAAUAAUUUGGAACUAUCUAACCAAAUCAAUAUGAGAGUCAUCCUUGUUGUUGCCGUUACUGUUGCCCUAGCCGCUGUUGUAUCAGUAGGAGGGUAUGGACACGGACAUGGAGGAUAUGGUGGAAAAGGAUAUGGAAAGGGAUACGGUGGUGGAUAUGGCGGAUAUGGAAAGGGAUAUGGUGGUGGAAAUGGAAAGGGAUACGGUGGUGGAUAUGGCGGAUAUUCUGGUGGAUACGGUGGAGGCAUGGGAGGAUAUCAUGGAGGAUCGGGAAGUGGAUAUUACGGUGGAAUGAGUGGAUCUUAUGGCGGAUUAGGUGGAUCUUAUGGCGGAUUAGGUGGAUCUUAUGGUGGUAUGAGUGGAUCUUAUGGUGGAUUAGGUGGAUCUUAUGGUGGUAUGAGUGGAUCUUAUGGUGGAUUAGGUGGAUCUUAUGGUGGAUUAGGUGGAUCUUAUGGUGGAUUAGGAGGAUCUUAUGGCGGAUUAGGUGGAUCUUAUGGUGGUAUGAGUGGAUCUUAUGGUGGAUUAGGUGGAGCUUAUGGUGGUUUAGGUGGAGCUUAUGGUGGUUUGAGUGGAUCUUAUGGAGGAUUAAGUGGAUCUUACCCAUCAGCUGGUGGAUCUUAUUACCAAGGCCAAUCCUCUUACCCGGGAUCAUCCAUGCCAAUUUAUUAAAUGACUUCAAAUCAGAACAAUAGAAGUUAUCAUCACAAAUAAAGGUCAAGAGGAGGAAUGCAUAUUGCGUUUUCAUAACUUGUUGAUAUACUAACCUUUGUGAUAAGGAAUGAAAAACAUAGGAAAUAUGAAAGUAUGGAUGGGAAUAUAAAAUAUAACCUGUUAAAAAAGAAAGAAAAAAUAUGAAUUAAAACAAAAAUUAUCUCUUUUCAUCAUUCAAUAUACAUAAAAAGCUUCAUUCAAAUGAAGUGUUAAUUAUCUUUUAGUGGUAUAUUAAGAACUGUUCACAAGAACAUAUUGUUUUCUAAUUCGAUGCCUACCUUGAUGGUUAAAAAAAGUUGAAUAAAGAUAAGGGCUAAUUUUAAAUAACGUAUAUUGAUGAAUUAUAAACUAUACUUAUAUAUCAGAUUUAGUACAACAUAUUAAACUGUGCUAGGAGACUUUUGCAAAUUUGUUAACAAUCCAAUAAAUAGACUAAGAAUUUUUUGAUACUGAAUAAAAAAAAAUUGUUAACAAUCCAAUGAAAGACUAAGAAUUUUUUAAUACUGAAUAAAAAAAAGCAUUAUUUAGAUAUAAGCAUAUAUCAUUAUACAUGUUCAUUUCAAAAUAUUUUGAAUACUAACUCUUUAAAGUAAUGUAAACAUUUUUUGAGCCUUCGUUAACUUCCAAUAAAAAAGUAAAAUAACACUAAUAUGGUUGUAAUUAAUUUUUAACAUGUUUUUCAACACGUAUAUUUUGAAGAAAGAAUAUAAGUCUGUUAAAAUAAAAAAAGAAUUAUAUUUGAAUACGGUUGUGCUUAUAACAAUACUUAUUCCUCCUGGAUCUCAAAAAAAAAAUCCUCAUUUACUAUUAAAAAAGAAACAUAGGACUCAAUGCCCCGAUUCCCUUUGUUAACAGUUUGUAUGCAUUGUAUACAUGUACAUAAAAUGUAUAUUGCUAUUUUUGUUUUAGCAUUAUUUAUGAAGAAUAUUUGGAGAAAAUAAAUCAAUUAAAAUUUUCGAAAGAGUA